UCACCUUCCUUCUCUCUUCUUUCGCGCGUAUUAUCAUCAUCAUCUCGUCCUUAACACAACAACAGUAGUGCCACGAUAAUUUGAAAAAAAAGAAGGAAAUACACGAUCGUCGGGUUGAGGUUACGAUUCCCUUUGACAAACAGCUGAUAUCAAAUGUUUUUCUCCACUCUAUUUUAUUCAUCUAUUAUUUUUUGAUGAUUCAAAUGAGUCAUUUCGAAGGCGCAAUGAGAGUGUCGAGGCGUUAUUAAGAAUCUGACAGGAGGACAGAGAAAAAUGACUCCAAAACGAAAGACCACGAGUUCUGAGUCGACGUCGUCAAGCAGCUCAGGCUCUUCGUCGUCGAGUUCUUCGAGCUCGGGGAGUGAAUCCAGCUCCUCUGAUUCUGAAAAUUCGAGCAGUUCGGCACGCAGUCAGAAACAAUCGGAUACAGAGAAAAACAAAAAAAAAAUACCCGCCUCCGUCAGCAGGCAUAUCAAAUCGAAGAGCGAUGGUGCAGCAGCAGGCGGGUCUGAGAACAAAGCGAAGGAAAAAGUUCAACCAAAGUCCAAAUCUGUUGUAUAUUCCUCCGAGUCGGAGGAAUUACCUGGCAAAGUAAAACCAGCCAAGAGAAAACCUCCUCCAAAACCAAAAGCCACGGCGACCAUCGCCCCGGUUGUUAAACCUCAAAGGCCGCAAAGUAAAAUUGCACCUUCCGGCGUUGCGCAAAAAAAUGUUGCUACUGCCAAACUCGUUCAUGGAAAAGGGAAUAAAUUUUCUGGAAAUACCAGCAGCGCUGCAAAACUACCAGAAAAACCGGUGAAAGCAGCGGCAGUUGAACCUGUACAAAAGAAGCUUAAGAAAAAAAGUAUUUUCAGUCCAGAGAACAGCAGCGAAAGCGAUUCUGUUUCACCACCUGGUAAAUCUAAUGCUCAGAAAAGUGCAAGUAAUGCGGGCAAAGGAUCCAAACCGGCACCGCAGAGACCUAAACCUGCGGAGCUCAAAGCUCGAGUACCAGCCAAUACCAGACCCGCAGCGAGACCUCAACGACCUUCGAAAUCUGAGAGUUCUGCGAGUUCGAAGAGUUGUUCCGGUGGUUCGGCUGGUUCGGGAAGUUCCGGAUCCUCGGACAGCAGUUCAGAUUCCGAUUCGACGGACAGCGUGGCAAGCCCCCAGACCCAACAAGUCAAGAAGAAGCCAAACAAUAAUUCAGGCGGAGGAAGUGGAACGAAUAGUUUACCGCCAAAAAGACCGUCGGUCGCUGUAGCCGCUGUAAAACCUCAGAAAAAUUCUAAACGUCCGAGUAUCGUAAAGAGCGAGGACGAUGGCGAUGCUUCGGACAGUGAAAAAGACGAUGCCGAAAAUAGUUCGACCGCUACGACCCCCAAGGGCAAAAGAAAACUGCAAGCUCGAAAGAGUAACAAAAUGUUGCAGAUGCAAACGAAGAUCGAAAGCGAUUCGGAAUCCGAUGCAGCGGAAUCGAAGAGAAGCUUGAGCAAAUCGCCAGUGAAACGCAGCAGUGGUAGCGGCUCUCGACAUUUUUCAACGUCAGGACGUACCGGAUCGGGCAGCGGAGGUUCGAGUGCUGCGAGCGUUGGUCGCGGAGGUCAAGGAACGUUUACGCGAGCCCGUAGUGUCAAAGAUCGAGAAUGUCCUCUCGCUGUUUCUUGCGAUUCACGAGGCCACUUGUCUGGGCGAUUUGACACACAUUUCACCCUCGAAUCUUGCCCUUUGUAUCACAACACGACGCCGCAGGCUUGUGUGGAUUUUUUCAAAGAACGAAAGAAACGGGAGGAAGAGCGUAAAAAAAGCAUCAUAAAUUUGGGUAAAAAAUCGCCUAAAGGCAUGCACCAAACGAAUGAGCAACGGAAUUAUCAACUGAAGGUCAAGGAGCUGCGGAGCAAGUGGAAAAAACCGAGCGGAGAUGGUAACGAGAGCGACAGCUGUAGUGAACCACCGGGAAUUGAGAAAGAUCGACAACCUCGUCUUACCGAUCUCACACCUGACUAUGAUCUGAAACUCUUUAUGGAAGCUCAAGCAUUGGCGAGUGAAAAAAUCGAAAAAGAAUUGAAUGAUCUGGAUUAUGAUGCGGAGGGAAGGAACGGUGGUGGAACGAGGUGCGUGGAAAUGGGAAAAUGGAAUAUGGAAGUUUGGUACCAGAGUCCUUAUCCCGAAGAAUUUAGUCGCGCACCAAAACUUUAUUUGUGCGAAUAUUGUCUAAGAUACGCGAAAAGUCGUCAAGUUUUACGUCGUCAUCGUGAGAAAUGCCUGUGGAGGCAUCCACCAGGACACGAAGUUUACAGGAAAGACAAAAUCGGCGUUUGGGAAGUUGACGGAAAGCGUUACAAACAAUAUUGUCAAAACCUUUGUUUGCUGGCGAAAUUUUUUCUCGACCACAAAACACUUUAUUACGAUGUCGAACCAUUUUUAUUCUACGUUAUGACGAUAGGCGAUUCCGAAGGUUGUCAUACCGUUGGAUAUUUCAGCAAGGAAAAAAAUUCUUUCCUCAAUUACAACGUGUCUUGUAUACUGACCCUGCCGCCUUAUCAACGCCAGGGUUACGGACGUCUUCUCAUAGAUUUCAGCUAUCUUCUCACGAGGGUGGAAAAGAAAAUCGGUUCGCCGGAAAAACCACUUUCCGAUCUCGGCUUAAUAUCCUACCGGAGUUAUUGGAAGGACGUCUUGUUACAAUACCUUUGUAACUUUGGUGGCAAAGAACUGUCGGUUAAAGACAUCAGCAAAGAAAUGGCAAUCGAUUCGUACGACAUCGUGAGUACGUUGCAGGCUCUCGGAAUGAUGAAAUAUUGGAAGGGCAAGCACAUAAUACUGAAAAAACAAGACGUGAUAGAUGACUACAAGGAGAGGGUAAAGCGUCGGGGAGCCGUCUACAAAGAAAUCGAUCCGGAGUGUCUGAAAUGGAAUCCCUUCCAGCCGCCCAAGACGCCAGCCACCUCGAACUGAACUCUCGGGGGCAAGGCAGCGGAGGGCGAAAUACUCCCUCGUAUCUCCGUCCUCGUUUGGCAAACGUUCGAUGUAUCGCCCUCGUAGUAAUCGACGUCGACGUCGUCCUUCUCAACGAGAAUCCGAGCGAGAUGAGAGAACCUCGCCCGUCUGCCUUUCUCUCUCCGUCUGUUUUCUCAGGGUCGCAGACACCUCCGCCUCCGUAUUUCGGGACUCUUACGACGGCGGGCGACGGGCGACGAGCGACGAGCGGGAUCCCCCUUUGGCACAAGCCUCAACCCCCUUUAUAUAGCAGUGAACCACCAGGACUGUCUGGGCAACCAUUACCCCCCGCCGUCUUGGAGAAUCUCGUUCGCCCAGCAGCAGCACCAGAGGAAAGCCGUCUUUUCCCAACCCCCCCCACCCCGCAUUUUCCUCUCUUUCCAGACGCUCUUUCGCCACUGGAAAGAGGCACCAGACUCCAACAAAAAAACGAGACGAGCGAGGAAACGAACACGGACGCACACGCGCCCGUGCUCGCGGAAAAAAUCCCGGGGAAGAGGAAAAAAUCAGGCAGGUUAUACGGAGAAACGAAAAUGAAGAAAAAGGACUCGUGAGAUUGGAUAAAUUUCAAUUGACAAGAUUAAACAAAGUUAAAAUACGAAGAUCGGAGAGACGAAAACAAUAAAAAGGAGGACGAUCUCGUCGAGAUGGAUUGAGCUACAACAUCAGGAUUCGAGAAAUCAUUUUUGAAAUGCCGAAAACAAGGGAGUCGAUUCCGAGAAGCUCGGAGGAAAUGAUGGAACGUCCGAUCAGAGUCACGGCCGAUGAAUCACGAGACAAGAAUUGUAAAUAUCGUUCGGCUCAAAUUGAAAAAAACAAAAGUCUCCGUCGACUCUGACAAGGAAAAGCCUCAGCGGUCCAGAAUCAUUUUCUUCCUCGCGAGCGAUGCUUUUCUUUCGAUUUUCAUCAUCUCCGGUGCUUGGUCAGCCGCAAAGCUCGUGUACAAUAUCGUCCGGAGAUUCGUUCACGCUCGCCGAUUCGCGAGCCUCGUGCGAAAGCAACACCUGCGAGCUGGUGAAAUCUGCGCAUCCUCCAAGCUGGGGAAUUUCGAGUCGACUGCGUUUUGCCCAGCAACGUUUGAAAACGCGUGCCCUUGGAACCGAUGGAACAAGCGGAAGAGAGACAAAAUUGGACUGGACGAGGCUGAUUCCGAAUGGCUCAAGGCCACAAUGGACUUGAACAUUUUUUCAGGAUUAUCGCUAAAAUCUGUCGCGACCGUUGCACCCGUUAGGAUCCGACGAAAGUUGGUGUUGAACUUUCGUAUCGGUUGCCUGUAUCGAUGCAUCCUUUCGACGCCAUUUCCAGUAUGGCCAUGCCUCCGUGACCCCGAAAUAGUCGCGAUUUAAAAAAUCACGAGAAUCGUCAGACAAUUUUGCAACAUGUUACGACGGUACGGAUUUUGAUAUUUUUCAUUCGAGGACUCCAACGAGCAUUUUAAAAAGUAUUCGUCGAGCUCGCACGGCGGAUUUUAAGCGGAGCCUCGUACUGAGGGAUGAAUGAAAAUAAUAAGCCGCAGAACGAGUGCUGCCAACUUUUUAUACGCGGACGAAAUUGUAAAGCGACUACAUUUAUACAAGUCCAUGGAACGUUGACUCGAUGCGGUGUGUAUCUAGAUUUUGGGACAUGGUCGAGGCAACGAUCAAUAAAAUUCAUACAAUUUUAGGAUUUUA